AUGUCCGGAGGAGACCCGCGGGGGCAGUUCAUCUACAGCCUGCCCUCGUCCGUCCUGUGGGAGUUCUGCCGGGUCAUGGACGGGCUGUCGGACCUGGACUGGACCCGGUUCGCCUCUGAGGUCCUCAGAGACCAGACCUCGCUGCGAUUGGCCGAGAGGGAGGACCGGCGGACGGACUACGUGAUGAACCAAUGGGGGAUCAGGAACGGCCGCGUGGGCGAGCUCAUCGACCUGCUGGAGUCCCUGCAGCUAUUCAGGCCGCGCGACGUCGUCCUGAGCUGUGAGGCUGUCGGCGUUGGCUCCGCCCCCUCCGGCUCCCUCGCCGCCCCCCCCCCUGCGUCCUGCUGGCCCCGCCCCCUCCUGCCCUCCCGCCAGCUCCCUCCCCUGGUUGCCCCCGGCGACAGGAUUGGUAACACUCAGAAGGUCAAUAACAGUCUGGAUCCACAGGAGGUGCCGCCCGCCAACGCCGCCGUCGCCGACGGCAACGCCGCCAUCGCCACCGGCGGCCCGUCCAGCGUGGGGGGGGCGGUCAUGGUCUGGGCCUACGAAGAGGUGCAUGAUGGGACGCGGGGCUUCUCCCCCGCCCUGCAGGUGGGGGAGGGAGGCUUCGGGGUCGUGUACCGAGCCACUCUGAGGAGGAUGGACUGCGCCGUCAAGAGGCUGCGCCAGGACUCUCUGAUGGACUCGUCUGUGCUGAGAAAAAGCUUCCAGACUGAAGUGGAGAAACUCUCAAAGUUCCGUCACACCAACAUCGUGGAUCUUCUGGGCUUCAGUGAGGGCGGCGGCUCCAUGUGUCUGAUCUACAGCUUCAUGAGCAACAGAUCCCUGGAGGACCAGCUGCACAGCGUAAUCCUGGUUCCGGUUCCGGACUGCUGCUCCCUCUCCUGGUCCCACAGAGUCGGCAUCCUUAAAGGGGCGGCGACGGCUUUAGAGUUCCUGCACUGCCCCCCCGCCGGCCAGGAACCGCUGAUCCACGGAGACGUGAAAAGCUCCAACAUCCUGCUGGACCAGCACCUGGUGGCCAAGCUGUCGGACUUCGGCCUGGCCCGGUUGGCGCCGCCCGGCCCGGCCCGGUUCGGCCCAAUCGGGCCGGGCGGGGGUUCCGGUUCCGGUUCCUUCACCCAGACGGCCUCCAUCGGGCGGACGGCGACGGUCCGCGGAACGCUGGCCUACCUCCCGGACGAGUACGUGAGGAGGGGCGAGCUGUGCACGGCCCUGGACGUCUACAGCUUCGGAGUGCGGUCCCUGGUGGAGGAGUUGGAGGGCGGCCCAAACGGCCCAAUGGAGGACGCCUGGCGGAACCAACUGGACCGACGGCUGCUGCCAGACGGUGCUCCUGACCCGGUGGGCUGGCGGGACGUGGCGGUUCUGGCCUGCCGGAGCCUCCACAGCCGGAGGAAGAAGAGGCCGGCCAUGGUGGAGGUGUGUGGCAGGCUGCAGGAGGUCCAGCGCCGGGUUCUGGACCCCACCCGGGCCCCCCUAGACCCCCUAGACCACCUGGACCACCUAGACCACCUGGACCCAAACGUGGCCCUCCUGUCCCAGAACCUGGCCCGCCUCGGCCCCCUGGAGCACUCCUACCCCCCCUCCUCUUCAUCCCUGCCCCCCCCCUCCUGCUCCUCCUCCUUCCUGGGUCCCUGUGAAACCGACGAGAGUCGGGGCUUCUCCCAGUACCAGCUCCGGUCCCCGUCUCCACGGGAACGGAGUCCGGUCCCGGCCCAGCCCUCGGUGCCCACGGAGGACCAGUACUCCCAGUACCUCCAGUCCUCCCAGUGCCUCCAGUCCUCCCAGUGCUGCCCCCAGGACGCCGCCGGGUUCUCCGGGUUCUCGCAGGCGGCGCCACUGCAGUCCCUGUCGCCGAGGCCUUCAGGUGGGGAGUCGGGGUGGGCGGAGCCUGUUGGGUUUAGCAGAUGGGCGGGGCCUGUUGGAGUCAGGAGGUGGGCGGGGCCUGUUGAAGUCAGGAGGUGGGCGGGGCCUGUUGGGUUUAGCAGGCGGGCGGAGCCUGUUGGAGUCAGGAGCUGGGAGGAGCCUAUUGGAGGGAGUUGGGGUGGGCGGGGCCUGUUGGGUUUAGGAGGUGGGCGGGGCCUGUUGGAGUGGGGAAGGGGGGGGGGCCCAUUGGAGGGAGUCGGGGUGGGCGGGGCCUGCUGA